AUGAACAAUAAGCGAAAUAAUAACUCAUACGAAACACCAAAAUCACCAUCUAGAUCAACUCAAAUAUUGGAACCACCUCGAAUAAAUGAGAAUCCCGGUUUAUCAUCAUCACCACCUCGGCGAAGAACUAAUCAACAACAAUCUACAAUUUUCAGUGAUCGAUAUAUUCCAAAUAGAACAGGUAUAGAUUUACAAGCAGCUUUCAGUUUAUCAAAUGAAGAAAUACUACCUAAUCUACGAAAUAAACAUAAUUCAGUAGAUAAUGAAAUUGAAAUAAGGAGAGAAGAAGAAGCAAAUAGAACGUUUUCAACAGUUUUAAAAGCUGAAUUAUUUGGUGAUAAUGUACCCAUGGCAACUGCAAACCUCAAUAAUAUAACGAAGUCAAAUAAUAAUCUUUCAAAUUCAAAAUUAAAAAAUGUCAAUAGUCGACCUACUACAUCAACAAAUUCAACUACAUCACCUUCAAAUAAUACACCACCAAGAUCAUCUGCUUCUCAUUCUUCGACUCCAUUCUAUACUGGACUGAAUACCAGUCUACCUACAGAUAAUGAAGAUAUCACAACUACUCCACGUCGAAAUAAAACAAAUUUAUUUACUUAUCAAUCUCCAAAAAAAUCAAGACCAAUCCUGAGAGAUUUACAAUCUGAAUUAUAUUCAUUAUCUCCAGUCAGACAAGAUUCACAAAAAUUAUUAUUAUCACCACAGAAAAAACCAAGAAAUAUAUCAAAAGUUCCAUAUAGAGUUUUAGAUGCACCUGAAUUACUGGAUGAUUUUUAUUUAAAUUUAGUAGAUUGGGGACAACAAGAUAUUUUAGCUGUUGGUCUUGGAGAUUCUGUUUAUUUAUGGGAUGGAUCAACUCAAUCAGUUGAUAGAUUAUGUAAUUUGACAAAUAAAGAUAAAGUUACAAGUUUAAAUUGGAUUGGACUGGGUACCCAUUUAGCAAUUGGGACAAGUAAAGGAUUAGUUGAAAUAUGGGAUGCAACGAAAAUAAAAUGUGUAAGAACAAUGACUGGUCAUUCCCUACGAGUUAGUUCAUUAGCUUGGAAUGAACAUAUUUUAUCAAGUGGUAGUAGAGAUAGGACUAUUUUGAAUAGAGAUGUUAGGAUAGAGGAUCAUUUUGUUAAUAAAUUUGAAUCUCAUAAACAAGAAGUUUGUGGAUUAAAAUGGAAUAUUGAAGAAAAUAAAUUAGCAAGUGGAGGAAAUGAUAAUAAUUUAUUCAUAUGGGAUGGAUUAAAUACAAAUCCAUUACAUCAAUUUACUGAACAUACAGCAGCAAUAAAGGCAAUUGCAUGGUCUCCUCAUCAACGUGGUAUAUUAGCGUCUGGUGGAGGAACAGCUGAUAAAACAAUAAAGACAUGGAAUUGUCUAACUGGAAAUUUGGUAUCUGAUGUAAAUACAGGAAGUCAAGUUUGUAAUUUAAUAUGGUCUAAGAAUUCAAAUGAAAUUGUUUCAACUCAUGGAUAUUCUCGAAAUCAAAUUAUUGUUUGGAAAUAUCCUUCAAUGCAACAAGUUGCUCAAUUGACUGGUCAUACUUAUAGAGUUUUAUAUUUAUCAUUAUCACCUGAUGGUGAAACUAUUGUGACUGGUGCCGGUGAUGAAACAUUGAGGUUUUGGAAUGUAUUUGAAAAGAAUAGACAUAAUGAAAAUCCAUCUCUGGUGCUAUUAGGUGCAUUUACGCAAUUACGGUAA